UUCUCUUUUCCCUACAGCUCCAGUAGCGACACCCGGCUGCCAGCGGUGCUGGAGGAGGAUGGAAGAUGCCUGCAGGGCCCCAGGGCACACCCAGCACAGCCCUCCUGUGCUCCCAGGGCUGAGGGUCUUGCCCCUGCUCCCUCUUCUCUUUGCACUGCUGUCUGCCUGUGUGAGCUCCCCUGCCGAGGUUGCCAAGGGAUUGAAUAACAGAUGGGAAGAAACAAAGAGCCUGCAAGGAAUAAUCCCAGAUGCAACUGUCCUCAUGGGAAAAAUAUUCUAUUAUCCAGUGCCAGCGUUUGCCUUUCAUGGAAUGAUAACUCGGUACAAGGUAAUGCUAUUCAAUACAUUUCCUGGUGCAAUCCUACAGCAAAGUCAUUCAUUUUAUGUUUGAAAUGAACUCACUAAAAAUCUCCUUCUAGAAAAUGCCUCAGAUGUAUUAGAAACAGGUAGAACUGAUGGUAAAAAUCUCACAAUAAAUCACUGCCAAUGCAGCAGUUCCCUACUAAGCAAAUAAACAACCUACAUACACCUGUGUUUUAUCUACCAGUAGUCUACAGAAUGCAGGGUCUUGGAAAUGGACAAAAAGUGUUGCCACUAUGCUAAAAAAUAUGCAAAACAAGCAUUACCUGAAAAGCCAAAGCUCUGUAGUUUCUAAGAUUUUCAAACUGAUCAGUUGGGGCUGUUUCUGAACUUUUGUCCAGCUAGAGCUGACAGUAUGUAAAACUGAAGUAGUAGCACCAUUUCCUAUCACUAAUUCUGUUUCUCUGCCAUCCUCUUAUGGAGAAGGUCUCUUUAGCCAGUGGUGUAGAUUUGCCAAAGUGGUUGGAAUUCAACCCUGAAGCAAACACCCUGCAAGGGCUGCCUAUGGCAGGGGAGGGAGGAGUGUACCUGCUCAACCUUGCUGCCUCUGGAGGGCUGCCUGCCCAGGAAACACUGAGGGCUGCUGGAAAUUUCCCCAUCCACGUGCAGGACAGCAGUUUAUCCUUGGAAAUGCAGAACUUGAAGCACAUGCCAAACAGCUACCAGUGUGGGAAGGAAGCUCCCAUCACUUGUGCAGAAAUCAUUCUCUCUGCUGGAGCAGCAGCCCUGGAAGCUCAGGAGCGCCUGUCCGUGGUGUGCAGGAGGGCUGAGUACCUGCACCUGGGCAGCUCCCUGCUGACCCUGCUGCAGCACACAGGCCCAGCAGCCAGGGGCUCCCACGUCCUGGCUGAGGACACCAGGCACAUCCACCUCGCCACCAACAACUACGUGGGGCUCUCCUGGCCCGUCACGUGUGGAGGCUUUGCCCUGCUCCACGAAUUCAUCCAGGUCCUGCAGCACAACAUGGACUCACAUCACCUCUCACGGCUGCUAGGGUAUGAAAUUGCAGGCUGGAGAAUACUCAGGAGAGGGGAAUAUGAAGGGAAGUCUCCAAGACUACACCGCAGGCAAUUAAUGAUCACCCCAACACCUGCAGUAAAACCAACUAGAAUUACCCAGAGACCAGCUGCAGGAGAGCCUUCCAGGCCUUUGUUCUUCCCUGUGCCAAGCCAGUUAUUCACACCACUUGUGCUAUCACUCAGAGCUACUCAGAGCUUAUCAACUUUCUGUGCAGAAAGUAUAACCAUGGCAAGUUACAAGAUGCAGAAUAUCCACCUUGGAAGUCAAGAAAGCUUGGUCACCUUAGAAAUGGACUCAGCACAGGGCAUGCCAACUAACCCCACAGUAUCCAUGAUGUUUGCAGACUCUCAUUUCCCAGAUCUUUCACCUUCGCUGAUGACUGAAACGAGGCUUCUCUUCUCUGAACUGGACGUGCUGCCUGCUAGAGUUUCUGGUACAUCCUUGCUGUUAGAGCAGCCAGAGCCCCACAUGCCUGAGGUAGAAUCCUAUUUCCUUUCCAGUAAAUCAGAGAUAUCCACAUACCAUCUCACUUCAGGCACAGAGCAGCUUUCCAGGUCAUGGGUGAUAAACAUGCUUCGCGAGUGGCCUCACAGCUCAGCAGUGGCAUUUUCUCCCAAGACAGAAUUACACCCAUUUUUGCCAGGAGCAAUGUCAGUAUCAGAAGUGCCAGAUUACAGCAAUGAGGUAAAAAGUCACUUUCCAGAGCCUGAAAAGCUUUCUGAUGCAUCACUCUGUCCAGAAGCACUCCCUUCACUAUUCCAAGAAAUUUCAGUAAGGGCCACAGCUUUGUUUGGCCCCACAUCUCCUAUCAAGGACACAUUCCCAGCUGUCCUAGCAAGCAGCAGUCUGAGCCAAGUGUUUACUAAUGGCUGUUAACCUCAGUCUAAGCCUUCUAUGACUAUCCCACAGCCCAGUGGCUUUUCAUUUGCUGGAGGGAAAAGCACAGCUUCUUCUGUGGCCCAGAGAGAAGCACAGACCCUCUAUUCCAAACUGAUUUUCAGUGCUGAAGUCUCAGACAGCUUUCCUAACACAUUAACCAGCACUGUCCCUGGUAAAGCUGAAGAACCUCAUGAGCCAAGUCUGAUCACUCUGUCCCACCCUGACACUACUCCAGUUCUUACUGUGCCAGAAGACUUUUCUGCCUUUCACAUGUCCAGGUUAUCCAGACCGACAUUCCCUCCUGCUUACAGCAGCAGCACGCUCAGAACAGAGCCACAGCCCACAAGGAUUUUACCCAGUGGCACAGAGGAUUUGCUUUCAGACAAACAUCUGGGAACAAGUGGGAUUUUGACAAGUGUCACUGAGCCUACCUUGGAGUCACACAACAUCUCAGAUAUCAAGCCAGAUGCUGUAGGAGCACCUCUGGUGACUUUAUUUAAUGCCACUUCUCGCCUGCCCAGCAGCAUACCAGAGGUGGGUGAGACACUGCUGCCACCACACCUGGAUCCAAGCACCCAGCUGUUUCCCUUGUCUGAAAGACUACAGUUUUUAGAAAGUGCAUGGAUUAUUCCUUCAUUCUCUGCCUCAACAGAGCUGCAGACUGCAACCCAAGGUAAAAACAAGUUUACUUUUCUGUUCUUGCUUCUGAACACAGGUGCCAUCAACCUUUUCAUCCAUCUCUGGUUUCUAUGCAGUCCUCAGACUAUCACGGUCGAAAUGUUUGUGUCCUGAAUUCAUCCCACCCUAAUAUUUACAUUAGGUAAUAAACAAGGAGAGGAUAAUAUGGCAUAAUUUUAGUAGUCCUCACUAUAACGUGUAGAAAGCACAAGUACACAAGAUCCAGAAACGGCAGGAAGAGAAGACCAUUUUUGUCACAAGCUGCAGGAACUCCGUGUUGUGAUCCUUCAUUCCUUGAGCCUGGCAGCACACUUCACCUGACAGUCACAGAGAGGAGAUUUCCUUUCAAAUUUGUCCCCACACUUUAUCAUCUUCCAGCUUACCUGGUGUCUGCUCCCAAAUUCUUUGGAACUCUUCAAGCAGGCAGACAUGAUGCACUCACAGCAAUCCCAUCCCAGGCAUCCAUACUCUCAUUAAAUCCCACCCCCCAACCCCCCAAAAAAUCCAUGAUUAAUGUUGGAAAUAGAAGAUGAAAACAUGUUGUGGUAUUUCUGUGUAAAAGUUACUAGAAUUAGAUAUAAUUGUUUGGGAAGGGGCUAUACAAGGGGUGACUAAUAUUUUGGACUCAACAAAACAGUGUUGAGGCUCUUUAAAUAAACAGAUAUCUAAAUAUACUUAACAAACGAGGUUAAGAUGUGAUCAAGGACAAGACUUUACUGUUAAAAGUUUCAGUUUCAGCACACUCCACAAUUCUGAGACUGACAAGAUUUCUUUGCCAUCUCUCACCAAGAGAUAGCAAUUUUUUCCUUCUAAUACUUUCCCUCCCUUUUCUCCCUCCUCUCUAAAGGGCAAGCAAACACUUCCCCAAAGGUUGUUCAUUCCAUUAAAUUCCUAACAGCAACCAUCGGAUGCCUGUUCUUUUUCCCUAUACCUGCCAACACUUUUUAUGACAAGGAGGAUGGCAACUCUACUCAGUUAUCCCUAUAAAUCCUCCCAGCUGACAGCUCUCCGUGGGGAUCCGAGAGCUGGCUGCAGUUUAACACCUCCCAGCAGGCCAUGCACGGCUAUCCCCUAGAGAUGGACUGCAGCAUUCCCCGCAGGAGUUUGUGCUGUCUGCCACGGAUUCCAGCGGUCUGACAGCCUGGCAAUCCUUCACCAUCGAGCUCCUGAAGCCCCCCCAGCCCCCCUGCCACCUUUUCAGACCAAGAACAGCUACUCCUCUUUCCUGAGGGAGAGGAAAAGGGUGGGUUUGUUCCUGGAGAAGCUCUCCUUCUUCCUGAACUCCAGCAGCCCCAAAGACAUGGUGCUGACAGCGCUCCAGCCUGGCUCCACACUCAUCUCCUGGUACAACAGCUCGCUGUGUGCAAGCGCCAACACAUCUUCCAGCUGGUGUGGGAACGAUGAAACCCAGCAGGCGCUGGAGAAACAGAGUGCCAGCUGGGUCUGUGAGCCCCCAGUGAAUCCAAGCAAUGCUGCCAGAGUACAGAAUCGACGUGACCUUCAGCAUUUCCUACAGUGAGGACUGCCCAGCCAGCACCAAGCCACUCCCCGGGCCUUGCAGCAGCUUGGGCCGACGCUCCAAGCCAAGAACGACUCCACGGUGAGGAGGGGCCCUCGUGCCCUGCUGGGCAGUGUUUGUGCCACUGCUGGUGUGGUGCUGGCAGUAGUGAUCUGCUGGCUUUGCAGGUGUCCCAGGAGGAUUCCUGGAGCACAGCCUGUGAUGGUUCAGACAAACUCCCAGCUAAGCCACGCUGAUGUGGAACUGGAUGCCCUGAGACCCCGCAAAGUCCCUGUACACGAGUGCAGGGCUCCACUUUCACCUCCGUUAUGGACCCCACCUUCAGGACCACUUCCCUCCCACGGGCAGUGUCCCAGGCAGAUCCCUCACACCAUACCACCCUUCCAGCCACCAAAAUACCAACUCCCUCCCCACUAUCCAGCGGCUCCGACCACCCGCCAUGGCCAGGGCAACGUCCAGAGGCUUAAGUUCUAAAAACUUUUAAAUGGUAAUAAGAGCAAAUCUACAAAAAGACAAAUUGCAUUACAAGGUGCUAUCCUUAACACCCAGAAAAAAACCAACAUAAACAGGCAGUUAGUGAUUUUCACCAUGUUUCAAUUUAGAAUAGAACAUAUUUGACCCACACCUGACAAAGAGGCAGUGGCCAAAGCAGAACCCAAGUGAAGCAGGCAAAGGGAUCUCCUGAUGAAGGGGUAGAAUUACAACCCUGUAAAAGUCAGGCCAAGAAAAUACACAUCAAGCUGAUGCUGGCAGGAAUGAGGGGUCACAGUCAAUGCUGGGCAAAUCUCACUCCAUUAUGUCUCCCUGACUCAUAAAUACACAUUUUGCACAGAGGAGGUAGAACUGUCACAGAAGGAUCACCACAAAACAUUAUAGUUCCAUUGAAAUUCAGAGGUGCUACAACCGUGGAGUCUAGGUCAUCUUGGAAUUUUAAAAUUUUUUAAAAUGCCUGACACUGUCUCUGUCCUUUCAAUCUUUCAAAACUUUUUAAACUGUUUCUAUAAAUACAUCAUAUGUAGCAUUUCUAAAGACAAUUGUAGCUACUAAAUAGUAGUAGCUACUAAAUAGUAGCUACCAAACUCCUCUUGUUAGGUAAUUUGGUGCAAUGUACCUUUAAAGAUACAUUUUAAAGUUCCAGGCUUGCCUUCUUUACAGUAGAACUGUCUCUUGUCUGCUUCUACCUGGGACAGUUCUAGCAGAGAACUCCUGAAGUUUAGCAAAAGAAUUCGUAAGGACUUUUUAAACAUUUUGAAAUCCUUCCAGUUUAAUAGAUUAUGACAUACAAAAUCAUAAUGCCAUAAUUUAUGAACAGCAUUUUGCAAUCACAUAAUUACAGAUUAAGCUACUUAAUCCAAAACUUCCAAUUUUAAUCUGGAAACUCUUUUUAGAACUGACAAAACUUUCCCUAAACCUGAAGGCAGUGUGUGAAAUAGGAGCAAAGCAGCACCAGUGCCACUAUGCAGGGCAGGAGAAUAUGGAAUGCCCAUUCCAGAACUGCCAAGAUCAGCCCUUGCAGUCUCUUGAGUCUCUGUGAGACUCUUCAAGUACAAGAAAAACAGAUCCACAGUCACCAGGCCCUGCUCAUUUAAUCACCAACCAGUCUGACCUGGCAGAUGCUCCAAAUGUGGAGAAUGGAGUUAGUAAACAAGCUAAACAAAUACGUAUUUUAAUAGCAGGUGCUAUCAAAUUGCUAAUGAACUACUUAAUUCCUGUGCAUGUUUUCAAGGAGUGCAGCUGAAUAUUAAUGGCACAUGAGGAGAUGCAGCACACAAUUCCCAAGACACAGGAUGAGCUUUUCAGCUCUAACUCUCCAGCCUAGCAAAUUGCAGAGCUGACAUUUACGUGCUCCCCACUUCAACAUUCUUCUAGAAACAAGAGAAACAUUCAGAGCAAUAUGCAGUAAAAUCUCAUUAAAAUAACCCAAAAAGUUAUGAGAAGAAAUAAUUUUGGGGCAGUUUUCUCCAUCAGAACAUCUGAGCUAGGGUAUCAAGAGAUGUGGUGAUGCAGGACAUUCUGUUUUCAAUGAAGUAGUAAAGAUAAAAGCAGUAAGUCUUCACACUAGGAUCUCCAAGAGUUAGAGGUUGCUUCUGUAAAAGCGACAAAUAUUUUACAGUAUGAUAGAAAAUAUUACCAUGCAAGUACUAUUUAAUCACUCUGUAAAAAUGGUUCUAAAAUCAUUUAACAGAAAACACACCUGCAUCAGAGUGGCUGAAUAAUCAUCUUGAAAUGAUUCAUGGUACUUCAGCAAAGCUGAAAAAAGGAUUCAGUCACAAAUGUUCAAUGAAGAAUAUUUGUGUUCAGAUCUAUACAUCGCAAACUAUGGCAUUUAAAGUUGCAGGUGAGUAUGAAAAUACUGAUUUAGUUUUAGAAAAUCUCAAAGAUGUGUCUCAAACCAACUGUAAGAUACCCAGUCUGUGAGCCCUUCAGUUGCUUACAGAAGCCAGAUGCAGACCAGAGGAAGGCUGACACAUUUGGAGAGCUCAGGAAUUCCUGUUUCCUUAGCCCACAUGGAAGACAACCCAAAAUCUGACAAGGGAUAAGAUCAGACAUUGGCUGAGUUUUCCCAGUUGAGAAUUCUACUCCCCAGUGAAAAAGGCUGCACUCAAACUGAAGACAGAUCCCCUACUUUUCAUUCACAGCCAUUCAAAUUCAGUCUCAGACACACAACCACAAGUAUCCUACAGAACACACUUCAUCAAAAAUAUGAUUAUUAGCAAAAAAUUUUAUUGUACUUUUGCUUACAAAGCCUUAACUCCAACUCAACAACCUGAACAGCUUUGCUUUCUAAAGACCAUUUCCAUUCAAUUUCUUAAAAGUCUUUAAAGCAACAAUUUUAAUCUGUAAAACCCCUCACCCUCCCACCCUCAGAUGAAAACCAAGACUGGCACUCCCUCAGGUUGGUGUCUGUACUCAGUGUGUGGUCUCUUCCAUAAUUCUGAACUCCUGAGGAACUCUCAUAUAAAUAAAAGGUGUUCAGCAACCAAAA